ACCACAAGAGCACAUGCUACUCUGAGAGCUGAGAGAGAGAAGACUAUCGAGUGGCAGAUUACCCAUUUUCAGCUUAAGGAGGGAGAAGCUAUGGAAUCCUUGAGCUGCCAUUUUCAGUUCACGUUUCAUAGAGUUUCCAAGAAUGUGAAAGCCAGGUCUUCUUCUGUCUCCUGCUCGAUUCAGCCUACUCAGAGCAACAUCAAGGUAGUGAUCAAUGGAGCAGCAAAAGAGAUAGGGAGGGCAGCUGUGUUGGCAGUUACCAAAGCCAGAGGGAUGGAAGUU